AUGACUGGAACUGAAACAAUAAUGGAACAAGAAAAUGUGAACGGAGUAAAAUUAACUUUGAAAGUGAAUAAAAGGCAAAAUUCUCCAACUUCAAGACAGUUCACGAUAUCUUAUAAAAACGUUGAUAAAUCUUCUUUGUGGCCAAAAAUGUCACUAUUUCUUGCAAUUAUAUUUAAUAUUACAGCCUUAAUAUAUGUUCGUAUAAGUCUUACCGCUUUACUAGUCAUAAUUAUAGUUUUUUCAGUCAUAGUAAUAUUUUGGGUGACACACAGUGUUCAGUCUGAAAGUCUUCUAGUCAUCCCAACAGUGGGCAUUCAAAGUUCAAUAAAAUAUGUAUGUGGUAAGGAGGAUAACUUUGUCCCCUGGUCUAGCAUUGAUGAUGUAAUAAUCAAUGAAGUCAUUAAGUUGAACCGUGUAUUGUACUACUUAACACUACUGGUAAAGCAACAUAAUCAAGGUGCAACUGAUUCUGAAGCAGUAAAAUUAAUACCCCUGUUUAAGUUUACAAAGCCCAGGCUCCUGAUGCUGGAGAGGAUAUAUUCAGAGCUUCAGUCGCUUCUAGUGGACGCACAAAAGGAAGUUGCAAUGGGAUCAGGCGAUAAAGGAUAA